CGCUCGAGCCCUGCCUUCUCCUCGGCGCCCCUUUCCUCAGCCGCAGGGCAGGCAGCAGCCAUGUCUCUGGGCGAGUAUGAGCGGCAUUGCGACUCCAUCAACUCCGACUUCGACAACGAGUCUUCCGGCAGGAGCGGCCCCCGGCCUGGCCCUGUCCUAGGCGAGCAAGAGGAGCUGCAUUAUGCCCCCAUCCGUGUCCUGGGCCGGGGCGCCUUCGGAGAGGCCACCUUGUACCGCCGGACGGAGGAUGACUCACUUGUAGUGUGGAAGGAAGUGGAUCUUACAAGACUGUCAGAAAAAGAACGCCGUGAUGCUUUGAAUGAGAUAGUUAUCCUUGCACUUUUGCAACAUGACAACAUCAUUGCCUAUUACAAUCACUUCAUGGAUAACACUACACUUCUGAUUGAACUGGAAUACUGUAAUGGGGGAAAUCUCUAUGAUAAGAUCCUGCGGCAGAAAGACAAGUUGUUUGAGGAAGAGAUGGUGGUGUGGUACCUAUUUCAGAUUGCAUCAGCAGUGAGCUGCAUCCACAGGGAAGGAAUCCUUCACAGAGAUAUAAAGACACUGAAUAUCUUCCUCACUAAAGCAAAUCUUAUAAAACUGGGUGACUAUGGUUUGGCGAAAAAGCUGAACUCUGAAUAUUCGAUGGCUGAAACAUUGGUAGGAACCCCGUACUACAUGUCUCCAGAGCUCUGCCAGGGAGUAAAAUACAACUUCAAAUCUGAUAUCUGGGCAGUUGGUUGUGUUGCCUUUGAGCUCCUCACACUGAAAAGAACUUUUGAUGCAACAAAUCCCUUGAACCUCUGUGUGAAGAUUGUGCAAGGGAACCGAGCAAUGGAGGUAGAUUCCAGUGUUUAUUCCCUGGACCUAAUCCACAUGGUCCACUCCUGCCUUGAUCAGGAUCCUGAGAAGAGGCCGACUGCUGAUGAGCUGCUUGAGAGUCCCCUUAUCAGCAAGCACAGGAGGGAGAUGGAAGAGAAAGUUGUGCUGCUUAAUGGCCCAAACAAACGACCAAGAACAAGCACCAUGAACGAGGCUCCUAUUGCUGUGGUGACAUCACGCACGAGUGAAGUAUAUGUCUGGGGGGGUGGGAAGUCAUCCCCUCAGAAGCUGGAUGCCAUUAAAAGUGGCUGCAGUGCACGACAGGUCUGUGCAGGAAACACCCAUUUUGCAGUGGUUACAGUGGAAAAGGAGCUCUAUACUUGGGUGAACAUGCAAGGGGGCACCAAAUUGCAUGGCCAACUGGGACAUGGAGACAAAGCCUCCUAUCGGCAGCCUAAGCAUGUGGAGAAACUGCAGGGCAAAGCCAUUCGCCAAGUGUCUUGUGGAGAUGACUUUACUGUGUGCAUCACAGAUGAGGGUCAAGCCUUUGCCUUCGGCUCAGACUACUAUGGCUGUAUAGGUGUUUCCAAGGCAUUUGGUUCUGGUUUGGAGCCCAGGCAGCUGACUGUGUUCCUCAGCAACCCGGUGGAGCAGGUUUCCUGUGGAGAUAACCAUGUGGCUGUGCACCGAAACCGAGAGGUCUACACAUGGGGCUGUGGAGAAUAUGGUCGUUUAGGUUUGGAUUCAGAAGAGGAUUACUGCCUCCCCCAGAAGGUGGAAAUUCAGAAGACUUCCAAUAUUGUUUCAGUCCAGUGUGGCAGUGAUGGAACCUUCCUGCUCACACAGACAGGCAAGGUUUUGGCUUGCGGUCUGAAUGAGUUCAAACUGGGCCUGAACCAGUGCACUUCAGGGAUCAUUAAUCACGAUGCUUACCAAGAAAUUCCAUACACCACCUGCUUCACUUUGGCCAAGAAACUCUCCUUCUACAAGGUUCGCACCAUUGCCCCAGGAAAGACACACACAGCUGCCAUAGAUGAACGGGGUCGUUUGCUUACCUUUGGCUCCAACAAGUGUGGGCAGCUGGGUGUUGGAGACUAUAAGAAACGUCUGGGUAUUAAUCUGCUAGGAGGACCUCUUGGGGGGAAGCAGGUCAUCAGGGUUUCCUGUGGUGAUGAGUUCACUAUAGCUGCUACUGAUGAUAACCAUAUCUUUGCCUGGGGUAAUGGUGGAAAUGGCCGUUUAGCAAUGACACCAACAGAAAGGGCUCAUAGUUCUGAUAUUUGUACAUCAUGGCCUCGGCCCAUUUUUGGUUCCCUCCAUUACGUCCCAGAUUUAUCUUGCCGUGGCUGGCACACCAUCAUAAUUGUUGAAAAAGUUAUAAAUUCUAAAACCAUCCUCCGCUCUAGUAGCAGUGGCCUCUCAAUUGGGACUGUGGCCCAAAGCUCUACAGCUGAAGGAGGAGAAGAGGAGGAAAGUGAGCGGGACUCUGAGACCCCUGAUCCCAGCAGAGGUUUCCGAGGAACCAUGGAAGCAGACCAUGGCAUGGAGGAUCGGAUUAGUCCAACAGAAGCAGUUGCAGAUAGCAGUGCUGCCAGUAGCUCCUGCCCUAGCUGGUUACGCAAGGAGCUGGAGAAUGCAGAGUUCAUCCCCAUGCCUGAAAACCCCACUCUUGUGAGCCUAGCAUCUUCAGAAUCUGACAAAACUCUUCCCUACAAUGAGCUUAAAGGACUGCACUUGGCUUCACCCACACAUGUUGAUAACAAGUCUGAAGCAGGAUCUUGGCAGCAAGCCUUGGUAUUCAGCAGAGCCCCUGUAGUGGGCAGAAGACAUUUGGGGUACCAACUGCAUGCAAUGCAGUUUGCUGCAGACUGAAGUGGAACGUCGGCAUGGCUUAAUAUUAAAGUGUUUGGCUGACCAGCAGAUGCUGCAGCAACAAACCAACCGUCUCAGUGCCCAGCUCCAGAGUCUCUCCAGGAGGACAGAAGGGUCACAGCAGCUUGAGGCUCAUUCCAAAGCCACACAAACAUCCAAGGAAGAGAUGGAAGCAGAUCCAAAGCCUGACUUGGAUUCUGACUCCUGGUGUCUCCUGGGAACUGACUCAUGCCGCUUCAGCCUGUAGUCUUUAAUUCC